GCCGCCGCUCUGAGCCCUUUGAAGUCCCCAUUUAAUGUAGAGAGCUGCAUCUCUCACAUUUGAUAAGACAGUUGGGAGCCGUCGAGUAAGCGUCUACAGAGAGUUAAAUAUUCCAAAAUAAACAUUACAUUAAAGUUUUGGAAAGUGGUAGCCUAUAAUUGAGAGAGUUUAUAAAAAAAUAUAUUUAUAUAAUAAGUGGGAUAAAUAAAUAGGCACGCGCGUAAUGGCAAAUCUUUUUUCCAACAAAACCAUGAGGCUCAAGUGGAUGCGCGUGUCUCUUUUGAUCUUGGUUCUAUUCCUGGGUGACUCCCGCGGCUCCCAGGUGAAGUUUGGCCGCUUGGACCGGUGGGUGAAGACCGGGUUUCAGUACCUGAAGUUAAACCUGUGCCGCAGGGUAUCUCUGUCUGAGGGCGAAUGUAAGCGUCUGUCCCAUCUUCAGCUCAGCGGGGUGGCCGUGUACGUUUCCGAGCCAAACUCCGAGAAAGUACUCGCCAUUCUCCCAGAUUCCUAUUCUUCAGGGAUGCUACCACCAAAGCAGGGCGGUUACGGUAUGAGUUCGGUACUGGAGGACAGUAGAAGACAUCACGAUUUCUUCCCGGGAUCGACUGCGCAUGAUGCCGUGUUGGUGUUGGAUCCCAGUCCCGGAGAGAGUUUCGGACAUCCUGUGGUUCUCUUUUAUGUGGACCUAAACACGACCAAGAAAAAAUGUGCACAUAUGGAUGGAAUUUAUUUAGGAGAGGAGUGUCUGACCCUGGCCCUAAAGAGUCGCUGUCAGAACCAGCUGAAGCGUCGUCAGAGCGGCAGCGAGAGGCUGGCGGGGAGCGGGCGCGCCCGCAGGGCUACCGUGUCGAGGCCCAGGAGCAGCCCGGGGAGCGGGCGCGCCCGCAGGGCUACCGUGUCGAGGCCCAGGAGCAGCCCGGGGAGCGUGCGCGCCCGCAGGGCUACCGUGUCGAGGCCUAGGAGCAGCCCGGGGAGGAUGGAGCGCAGCGGGGCUCUCUGUGAGAUACAUUUCCUUCCCAUGGUGGUCGGGGUCAGGGACAACAACCGGACGCAGAGGCUACGAUGCGUGGACCACCCAGACUUUGCCCAGUGCCCCCAGCCUCUGCCCCUCACCAGCCCCAACCUGCCCGUGUCCAGCUGUGAGCUCAACAAGAACACCAGGCGAUGCCACCAGCAGCCCCUGGCUACACACCUGUCCUGUCGUCUCUACCAGACCUGUGACCACGCUAUACUGCUCUCAGGUGGAUGGCAGCAACAGAUCACGUACCAGCAUCACGUUCAGAACCUGCAGCUCUUCUACAGGAUGCUGAGGAACAACGGUUUCCACAGAGAUCACAUCAAGACCUUCUUCGCUGGGAACGGACAGCUCUCAGAGGAGUGGGUAUACCCAGCUACAGAGAAACGAGUGAUAAGGAACCACAUCUCUUAUAUCUGUGGGAAGCAGCACUGUGCAGAUUCCCUGGUCCUCUAUCUCAACAGCCCCACCAGGAACGACGGGACCAUGCUGCUCUGGGACGGCAACUACAAUGGCAUAGCGGACCUGAAGGAGCGCUACAGUGUGGGAGAGCUGCUAGCGGACUUGGCAGGCUGCAGGGCGAGACGAGUACUAGUCUUCGUAGAGCAGAGUUACAGCGGGGCGCUCAGUAAGAGACUGAAAGCAUCUCUGAAACACCUGAACGUGGUGCUGCUCAACAUAGCCGACAGCUGGGCCUCGCUGCACCCAGCAACAUGCCUUAGAGACCACCUGAGUAAGGAUUCAGGGAUGUCCCGCCUCCUCGACCCCAAAUCCAGCCUUUUGGAUGUCAACCUAUCCGGUGCGCCCUGUAACACGACUCCACCUCUGAGCGAAGCAGAGAUGAGGAAGGAGUACAUGGGCUGUCAGAACCUACCCACCGCCCUGUGGUACCAGAACCACAACCAGAACCUCCCCCCUGCUCUGUGGUACCAGAAUCACAACUAGAUCCUCCCGACCACCCUGUGAUACCAGAAUCAGAACCUUCCCAUCGCCAUGUGAUAUCAGAACCUCUGCACCGACCUGUGGUACCAGAACCAUAAACCACAACUAGAACCUACCCACCAUCCUGUGGUACAAGAACUACAACCAGAACCUCCCCACUGCCCUAUGGUACCAGAACCCCCCCACCACCCUGUGGUACCAGAACCACAACCAGAAUCUCCACACCGCCCUGUGGUACCAGAACCAGAACCUCCCCACUCUCCUGUGGUACCAGAACCACAACUAGAACCAGUACCUCCCCACCGCCCUGUGGUAUCAGAACCACAGCUAGAACAUCCCCACCGUCCUGUGGUGCCAGAACCCCCCCACCCCCCUGUGGUACCAGAACCACAACCAUAACCUUCUCAUCACCUUAUGGUACCAGGACCAGAUCCUCCCCACUGUCCUAUGGUACAAGGACCAGAUCCUCCCCACUCUCCUGUGGUACCAGGACCUGAACCUCCCCACCACACUGUGGUACCAGGACCACAACCUCCCCACCACACUGUGGUAGCAGAACCGGAACCUCCCCACUGUACUGUGGUACCAGGACCUGAACCUCCCCACCACACUGUGGUACCAGGACCAGAUCCUCCCCACUCUCCUGUGGUACCAGGCCCAGAUCCUACCCACUGUCCCUGUGGUACCAGGACCAGAACCUCCCCAUCACCCUGUGGUACCAGAACCACAACUAGAACCAGUACCUCCCUACCGCCCUGUGGUACCAGAACCACAACCAGAACCACCCCACCGCCCUGUGGUACCAGAAUCACAACCAGAACCUCCGCACCGGUCUGUGGUACCAGAAUCACUACUAGAACCUCCCCACCGGUCUGUGGUACCAGAACCACAAUCAGAACCUUCACAGCACCCUGUGGUACCAGAACCACAUCCAGAACCGACACAGACCCCUGGACAGAAUUUUAUUUUGAAAGAACACUCAGACUCAUACACACAGACUCAUACACACACAGACUCAUACACACACAGACACAGACACAAAUAACAAGACAAGAGAAGACCACACACACAGACAGACAUACCUAACAACACAAGAGAAGACCACACACAGACAGACACAAAUAACAAGACAAUAGACAACACACAGACCGAAUCACAGAGAAGGCUAGUUGCUUUGUCAAUCACACACUAGAUGAUGGCUUGUCAUCGGGAGUCGUUUCUGUUACAACACAUUCUUAUUCUUAGUGUAUCUUUUGAGCCCACAUACAUAUAGUACCGCAGGAUUUGUGUUAGUGAUGGAGGAAAAAAGUCCCGUUACAUUUCGCAAUAUUAUUUUUUGACGAUAUUAUAAUUGAUACUUUGACUUCAAGUAUCGAUUUUAAAAAAAUAAAAAUGAAAUAAAA